AAAAAAAAGGAAAAAAUUUCUAAAGGCAUCUCUUUCGUUUACAAAUCUUAUUCGCUGCUGUGGUUGAAACGUUUACAUCAGGAAGGAGAAUAGACAUGUCUCAGACUGUGGUUCUAAAGGUGGCUAUGCCAUGUGAGGGAUGCGUUGGAGCUGUGAAACGAGUCCUAGGCAAAAUGCAAGGUGUGGAGUCAUUUGAUGUUGAUCUCAAAGAACAGAAGGUAACGGUGAAAGGAAACGUGGAGCCAGAAGCUGUUCUGCAGACAGUCUCAAAGACUGGAAAGAAAACCAGUUUCUGGGGAGCCGACGAGGCUGAAACCGCCAAGGCCUAAACAUUGGGAGAAGCAACAAAGCAUCUCUGUUUUAGCAGAGAUCCCUACCCAAAAAAAUAAAUAAUAUCAUAUAUAUUGUAAUGGAUACUCAAUAAAUCAUAAUCUCUGAAGACCCUUAUGUUUUUGAAAGAAAGAAAUGUUUGGUCUAGUAAUCAUCAUCUCAUGUCGUCUCAAAGCUAUCUUCUUUUGUCUUAAUACAACAUGUUU